AGAUGUGAUCGUUUUAUUUUGCUCGCGCUAGGCUGCAUGCUGUGUCAAAUGCUCAGUACCUCUGACACCAGGGUUCGAGAGGACGCUCGAACGACACACCCAGGCAUCUCGCGAUGUUGGGUAAGCCACUGCAUGCAUUGGCCAAUACAAGACGCGCAAUCCGAUUCAUCGACCUUUGGCUGCAUAUGUGAAGCAAUGUCGCACACUUGCCUUCUCGUAGCGCCGGUGACAACGCCCGAGCGAUCACUCUUGUUGGUCCAGAAGCGAUCAACAUAUGAAACCAAUUGCAACGAAUCCGUUGAAACAUCGACUGUGAGCGACGUCCACCAACUUGGUGCCCGCCGGUGAAAUCUCCAGUCUCUAACUUGCUUCGUUCUGGAAUAUACGGCUUCAACCAUGACGUUCUUGACCGUCGAAGACUUGAAAUUGUCGUUCAACUUGUUCUGUGUCGUGUAUGGGGUCGGGACGCUCGGCAUGCCUGGAAACUACGCCCGUGCCGGUUUUGUUUGGGGGACCGCAGCCGUGCUACUCAUGGCGGCCAUCAACAUUUACACGACGGCCAGCAUCAGCAAAGUGCUGCUCCUAGCGCCCAAGAAGGUCAAGACGUACGGCGAUCUGGGUGAGUGGUGUCUAGGCAAGCCCGGUCGAUAUGUUACAGUGGUCACGCAGCUGCUCGUGUGCUGGAUGGUCCCGAUUGCGUUUCUCGUGCUGAGCGGGACGCUCCUCACCACGCUCUUCCCUGGCACGUACGACGACACGACGUGGAUCAUCCUGAUGGGCCUCGUGCUCAUGCCUGUGUGCCUGAUGCCGAGCCUGAAGGAGAGCGCGGGAGUGGCGGCGGCCGGCGCGGCAGGGACACUCAUCGCGGACGUUGUUGCGCUGUACGUGCUCGUGUCCAACAUGUCUCCGAUCCCAGCAGGUCUAGCGCCGCCGCCACCAGUUCCGACCUUUGCCAGCGUCACUUCCGUGUUUGGCAACCUGUCGCUCGGGUACUCGGCGGGGGUCGUGAUUCCGGCUCUCCAACGAGAGCAUACGCAACCGCAGCGCAUGCCCCGUGUGAUCGUAUUUACGCUCGGCGUUUGUUCCGUGUUGUUUCUCAUCAUUUCGAUCACGGGUGUGUCCACGGUGGGGUGCCAGAUCCCGGGCAACUUGCUCUUUGCGAUCACGGGGACAAAGCUCGGCUUCGAAGCAUCCCGCGGCGGCAUCGUUCUCGCCUUCCUCUCCAUGCAGCUGCACUGCACGGUGGCAUUCGCUGUCAUUGUGUUCCCGACCUUUUACAUCAUUGAGCGCAUCUUGUUUGGCUUCCACCAAGUUUCGGACGACGAGGCCGAGAAAGUGGACGACUUUGUCACGUUGGAAUCGCCCAAAACCGACGGUGUCGCCGAGUCGGUUGCCCCGACAUACAACAGCUCCAUCGACUACCUCAAGGCCAUGGUACUGCGCGUUUUCAUGGUCGGCAUCACCAUCGUGCUGGCGAUCGUGUGGAAGGACCAGUUCAUGGACAUCCUCGAUUUCGUCGGUGCGUCAUCCACGGCCAUGACAAGCAUGAUCUUGCCCGUCCUCUUCACACUCAAGACGUUUGGCAAGACCCUGCCAGUCUACGAGCGCGUGUGGUGCAUUUUUGUGUUGGUGCUUUGCUCUGCAUUGAGUGUGUACAUCUCGUACACGUCGGGCAAGUCGUUGUUUACCCCCGACACCCCCAAUCCCGCCAUCAAGUUCCCCCACUGCCCCGCCGAAUUCCAAGAGUUUGUGUACACCAACCGCACGCACUACAACCUCCCCUAGUCGUUGCAAUAAUGAAUACAUGGUGCUGUCGUUUGUGUCGUCGUUUCGUUUGAUAUCGACGAGAUCGGCACGGGGUCGGAGGCAAACUUGGGCGUGUCGAUUGCUUCGACCCCAACCAAAGUAGUUGCGCUCUACUUUCCUCAUCAUGCUUUCGUCGUGCGAUGCCACCGACUUGGCACACGUCAACCGAUCGCGUCUUGAGCCGUCCAAUUCGCAACUUGCAUCGUCGUCAUGCACACUGUUCGAACAUCUUCGUUUCACGGAGCCAUGACCGAGACCAAUACUGAACUCGGUGCCCAUGAGACUCCACACUUCUAGCCGCCGCAGUCCGCAUCUUCCAUGCGUAGUCAGCUCUACGGCAGCAUGUCGUUGGCAGCACGUUUCUUUGGUGUACUGUGAUUCCAUGGACACCGCUUGAGCAAACUCAAGUGACGGCUCGUGCGGUUGCCACAUACAUGACUUGCCGCCGAAGAUUGACGGCAGGCAUGACGAGGACGCGGGUCGCCUAGUGCAGAAGAUGCGCUCGCGUGAAACGAUCCGCCGAGGUGAUCGAUACCUCGAGAUCGCACGUUCGACAGAGCCGUCAAACAACGCCCCGUUCGAGCAACACAACCGUCAUAGCCAAAGCAUUGGCAGGGGAAUUCCAAUUGCCCAAUUGCCCAUCGACACCCGCAAGUGAGCGAACCCGACGGACGUCCAAGCACCGCAGGACUACCUUCGCCGACAUGAUCACUUUUCCAAUGGCAUCCAUGUCCAGCUGCCUUUCUGCUGCGGCCGUCAGCGACCGCCGGCGCGAAGCGUUCGGCGGAGAUCUGCCAACACGUGUGAUGCAGAUCCUUGGCAGUUUCGAGCAUCUCCUCCAACGGCAACCCGUGGAAGCC